GGUUGGCGCAUGCGCAGAGCGGCGCUGGGCUGUAGCACCGUUUCCUCUGUCAGGGCCGCGUCUGAGGAGACAACUGAACGGAGCGGGAGGCCUCUGUGUGAGCGGGGCGGCGGCGUCUUCUAGUGGAAGGCUCCCCGGAGAGUGCAGCCAUUAUAGGUCUAUCAGCCCCACUCCAUUGUACGUCUGACCAUUACUGCCAUUUGUAGCCUGUACUGGAAUUGUCUGCACUCCCCUUCCCAUAGGAGGACCGGAGAACUCUGCCUGCCAUUGUAGUGUACAGCCCCCUUCCCCCACCACCCCCUGGCUGUAUGCUGCAGGCCCCCCGGUGUCAGCCCUCCUUCAAUGGGACACCCCGGACUGCUCCAGGUCUGAUGAUACUUGGUCAAUUAACAUCUCUGUGAGACGCCUUUCCCAAGCCUUACUCCCAACAUGUCUGUGGUGCAGACACCCUGGCCACCUAGUACAGAAUGUGUUGCCAACUACGACUUUGAUGGGAAAACGGACCAAGAUCUUCCAUUUACUAAAGGAGAAUUCUUGACCAUUGUUGCUGUGACCAAGGAUCCAAAUUGGUACAAAGCAAAGAAUAAAAUGGGGCGUGUUGGGUUCAUACCAGCCAAUUAUGUUCAGAAAAGAGAAGGUGUUAAAUCUUCGACCAAGCUCAGCCUAAUGCCAUGGUUUCAUGGCAAGAUAACCAGAGAACAAGCUGAACGGCUCCUCUAUCCACCAGAAACGGGGCUUUUUCUUGUGCGUGAGAGCACAAACUAUCCAGGGGACUACACACUAUGUGUGAGCUGUGAAGGGAAAGUGGAGCAUUAUCGCAUUAUCUAUAAGAAUGGAAAGCUUACCAUUGAUGAAGAAGCAUACUUUGAUAACCUAAUGCAACUGGUGGAGCACUACACUAAUGAUGCAGAUGGCCUCUGCACUAAUCUAAUCAAGCCCAAACUAAUGGAGGGGACUGUGGCUGCUCAGGAUGCAUUCUGCCGAAGUGGUUGGGCUUUGAAGAAGAGUGACCUGCAAAUUUUGCAGACCAUAGGAAAAGGAGAAUUUGGAGAUGUCAAGUUGGGUGAAUACAAGGGAACAAAGGUAGCUGUAAAAUGUAUCAAGAACGAUGCAACUGCACAAGCUUUUGUUGCCGAGGCCUUAGUUAUGACGCAAUUGCGACACAAAAAUCUAGUUCAGCUGCUGGGAGUGAUUGUUGAAGACAAGUGCAGUCUGUAUAUUGUCACAGAAUUCAUGGCAAAGGGCAGCUUAGUGGACUAUUUACGGUCUCGGGGAAGGUCGGUGUUAGGAGGGGAAUGUUUACUGCAGUUCUCUUUAGAUGUGUCCGAAGGAAUGGAAUAUCUAGAAGCCAAUAACUUUGUGCAUAGAGAUUUAGCGGCACGCAAUGUGUUGGUGUCAGAAGAUAAUAUGGCCAAGGUCAGCGAUUUUGGACUUACUAAAGAAGCCUCUGCAGUACAAGACACCAGCAAACUGCCAGUGAAGUGGACAUCUCCAGAGGCAUUGCGGGAGAAGCUUUUCUCAACAAAGUCUGACGUAUGGAGCUUUGGGAUUUUGUUGUGGGAAAUCUAUUCCUUUGGGCGAGUGCCUUAUCCGCGCAUUGCCCUGAGAGAGGUUGUACCUAAAGUGGAAAAAGGAUACAAGAUGGAUGCCCCAGAUGGUUGUGCUCCUGUUGUGUAUGACGUGAUGAAGAACUGUUGGCAUCUGGACGCCAACCAGCGACCAACUUUCAGGCAACUCCGUGAACAGCUAGAGCAUAUCAAAGCCAAUGAGCUGUACCAUUAAAGCAGGAACAAGUUCUGAAAGCCACCUGUUGCCUCAGAGCUAGAGAGAAAGUGACUCGGCCAUAUCAGAAGUGUUGGCCAGAGUGCCAACAGGACUUCUGUGUAUAGAGUGAAUACAUAUUGGGCUCUCUGAACUCCCCUGCCUUGCACUACCUGCUGCCCUUGUGCCCAGAAACAGGCUGAAGAUCCUUGCUGGUCUCCAGAAGAAUGCUGAUGUUCUCCUAAAUGGUUUUUGUUGUCACAUCUCACUCUCCCUACUGUGUCCACUUACUCGUUGGAAAAUAGGCCUGGAGUGGAAAUAGGUCCAGUGGGCUUGGUACUCCUGAAGAGAACAAUGCUUUGACAACAUUCAGGAAAAAAGGGGACCAAAUCGAAAAGUGUUUAAGUAAAGCAGCUACACUUUCUGACAAAGACAAACAAUCAGUCACCAGAAGAAUCAUUGCUUUAUACAAUCAGCAAUGGGUACUUUUAUUAACCAUUAAUGCAAAUAAUGAUGCAUGCUUCAGACCAGGAAAUUCCCUUCUGACUCUUCUCUGCCUUAUUUAAUAGGUUGCUUAUAAACUGACAUACUGAACUGAUAAGAGGCCUUUGCCGAUAAUAAACCACAGGAGGAGAUAUAGUUCAUGCAACUUCUGUAGUCUCCUGUGCUCAUGAACCUAUCGGUGAUGGAUGUCCUUAUCUGAAAAAAAUGAUCUCCCAAGUUAGAAAGUUCCAACCUUGUUACAUAAUCUCCUUUGACCUCAUCACUCUUAACACAGCCACUGUGAUAAACCUUUAUAUGACAGAGGACCACUGACAUUUCAGUAGUUGGGACAAAUCAUUUUACCGCUAUCAUUUCAGGUGGAGCAUGUGCUAUUACUUGGUCAGCAGUGAUCACCCGAUACAGUUUGAGUUUUCAUUAACCGUUCACUGCCAGAGCAGGUAGCAGCCCAUUUGUCUGCACUUAUAGAUCUCUAAUACCUUGAAUUGUGUCACUGUCCUGGGUGCUGCUGCAUCCUCCUCCUUGGCUUUACCAACAAUUUUUUAAUAGUGGUGACAGCAUUGUGAAAGCAAAAACACAACACAAACUAUUAUUGGCAGGCUCCAAUAAUUUUCCUGAAGCCCAGUAUUACAAAACAGGAGACCGACAAAAUGCAAUCUAGUUGUUGACCUGUUACUUGUUUUUUAAAGUGUCUUGUUUCAACAGCCUGAUUCCUCAUGCAGUCCUUUCUUCUGAUUUAUUGGUUUGCAUGUUCUUGUGCAGCACAUUGUACCUGAAAAUUUCAGUUCCUAUUAUCUUACAGGGUUGUAAUGGUAAAGGGCCGAUCAGUAAGUCAGUUUAGACGCAGGUCCUGCAGAGCUUUUACAUUUACGUGGCUCAAAUAAAAUCACGAAGCAUACAAGUAAGUUACAACACAUUUACAAUCAAAACAUCCUGAAGAAAAGGAUAUCCAGUGACUACGCAUAGCUUCAGUUUUUCCAGGCAAAUUACCUAUUGCCUGUUGACAAUUAAGAUUGUUUUGAAUUUUCAGGCUUGCUCAGGGAAUGGGUAUAUCAAAUACAAAGGCUGCAAUUAGGCUUUAAGCGUAAUAGCAGUACAGUAAACUGCAUGUAAAUCCUCUGCCAACCCAGCCUCCCCUUGGCACAUAUUAGUCACAUUAUUAAAAAUCCUUUUUGUUUUUUAAACCUUGGUAGCUAAAUUUUAGCCCAUUAGAAAUGUUCUAUAAUUUGAAAACUUUUUCCCAAACAACCUCUGAGAAUCAGAAAGAAAACUUUUCUUAGCUAUACAGUAUGGGACACAUGAUCUGUAGUCAUUACCAUUUAUUAUACCAUACUCCCAACAACCUUCAGAUGUGACUGGCAAAAAAGAGAAGGCUGCAUUUCCAACUCCCAGCUAACCUCAGUUUCUAUGUGGCUUUACUUUGUGGAGCCUAGUGUGCCUGCGCAGCCAAAUUUCAUUUGAUUUACUGCAUUAGCAUGCCCUGCUUUGCCUUUUCCUCUUUCUGGGUGUGCUUUUUAACUGACAACGGCCCCUGGGCUCUCCUUUAUUGGCACAGUAUGGCUGUUUAAGUGCACUACCUUGGUUUACAGCAGCCUGCAUGUGCUUGGCACCAAAGCAUUUCCCCCCCUCUCCACAGCAAUGAACGUCUUAAGUACCCCUUACAAGCGCAAGGGAAAAGGGUCAGAUAGAAUUGCUAUUUCGUGCUACACAUGUAGCCUUGCUGUCUGUGACUAUAGAUGCAUGCAGCGCAGCCUGGGAAUGAGGUGCAGGUGUGUCACAAUAGGGGAGCGGCUUAAUGUAGUGGCACACCAGGAAUUCGAGGAGCCAGAAGUGCACCCACAGGGGACCAAAGAACACAUAGAUAAGUGCUGCUCUGUGUCGUACUAGCUUUAAGUCGGGUUACGUAAAUUGUCCGGUCUGUGUGCACUCCUCUAUGUUCAACAGAAGCCAGUCUAACAACUGGCUUCUGCUGAACAGUCCUGCUGUAAAUUACCUGCAUUUAAUCAGCGCUUGCAGCAAUUUGCUGCAAUGCUAAUCUGUGUAUUCUGACGGGGGGAUUCCCUGCUGUCAGAAUAAAAUAGAGUGGCAGGGGAGAUCCCUGCAUACACAUCAAUUGAUGCAGUGGGUUGAACGGAAAAAAAAAACACUGUUUAUAUAAACUCUGUUGGUGCUGCACAAGACGAGGCUGUUUUGAGGCCUAAAGUCGCCUUCCUCCCAAAGGUGGUCUCUUUCCUUAGCAAGGAAAGGCCAUUCUCCUUCCUUUAGGUCCUGCACUGAUGUCUUAACCUGGUAUGUGCUGUAUGGCCUUUAAGGUUCCUGCAGGGAUCUCACUGCUUUUCGCUACAUUAUUGCUAGGUGGGUCAAACAAGUUCUCAUUUGAACCUAAUGAUAGGAUUCCCUGAUAAGGCGCACUCUAUCUGAUCUAUUAGUGCUCCAUUGGCAUCCGUUUCUUAGAUUUGCAAGGCUGCCAUCUGGUCUUCUGUUCUACCAAGUAGAUGUUAAGACCCCCUCUGAUGCCAGUUUCGGGCACAAGGUGCUACAAGCUUCUCGCUGAGUCUGUCAACAUUUUGCAACUUUUUUUAUUCAUUUUUUUUUUCUGUGGGCCUGCUCCCAUGUGUUGCUGUGUUGCCCUCAGUUGGACUGCUUUUGGAUGUCCCAAUGGUAAUGACUACAGAUCCCUUUUCCUGUACUGUACAAAUAAGAAAAUAUGAUUUUUGUCUUGCUAUUAAAAUCGGUUUCUUGGAGUAAAGUCAUAGAUUUCUCCCCUUUGUUUAUAUCCUCUUCCAGUUGCAUGCAACAAUACUGAGGCUAGCUGAAAGUAGGAGGGGUUUUAUAGGGGGGUGUCCUUGCACCCGCCUGUUUUUUUUUUUUA